UCAAAUCCACAACAGCUUCGUCCACUUCCAUGAUUGCUAUCUAAUAAACUUCUUCGAUCAUCCGCCACACAGAAUCAGUGUUUGAUUACCCAACAAUUAUCAGCCACCUAAUCGAAUGCAUUUUUUUUUAAUGUCGAUUUAAUUUUCGAGUCCACUCAGGCAUAAAUAAUUUAUUAAUUGUUUCAGUAUAGAAUCUAAGGCACACGUCACGUCCAACAAUUAUUACCGGAAAACGUAAAUAACGUAAGUCUUUGACCAGGGUCCAGCCAGGCAAACAAGUGAAUGGCCUUUUUUCUUCAAAAGAAAAUUAUCUACCGAAUUAAAAUUUUAUUGGAAAUUCGGCUCAAAACGAUACCCCACUCGAUUCCUGUGCCUGUAUUUAUUUCCUGUGGCUCCGGAUCGGAUACGAUGAAUAGAAUUCUAUUUGAGCGACGUCAUUCUGACGUUAGAAUUAUUUUAAAUGACACGUUUCAAUGGGAUUGUCGGAUUAACGCUCAGGAUUAACGUCAUGAAUUUGUGAUCUGGGUAGGGAUUCUAAAUUCACGAUUCGACACACAACUCGACAACGAGACGCAACUGGAUACGGAAAAAAUCGUCUCGUUGUCGAGUCGUGUGUCGAAUCGUGAAUUUAGAAUCCCCGACCUGUCUGAAGUUACUUAAGUAUUUUAAAUUUCAGUAAAUAAAUUUAAGAUUCUGAGGGACGGUUACUCAAUAGUUGUAUUCCUUUCACACCUAGGAGGAGCUCCGGAACAGCUCCGGGGCUUCACGCGCUUAUUCCUUUCGAAAAGUGUUUGUUGCACCACGUUCCCUGCAAAUCGGGGGCUACUAAACACCGGAGCGAGUAGCUCGAGUGUUUCAAACCCUUGAAAGGAAUACAACUAAUAGAGAGUCACCUCCGGCUUGGUUUUAACUUAACUCCAGUGUGUCUAUUCUCGAUACCGGGAAAUAGCGUUCCACCAGAACGAUUGCUCUGUCUUUGUCAGUAUUAUGGAAAUAUAAAUAUGGGCGACUAAUGGCCAACCUUCAUCCUUCAUGCUCAUGAGAAUGAUGUUCUCCGGUUUCGAGAAUAGACACCCAGGGUCAACGUGUCACUGUCCAGUUGCAAUGUUUACCCUGGAGUUUUGGGGGUGACUUGCUAUUAGCUGUAUUCCUUUCAAGAGUUUCAAACACUUGAGCUACUCGCUCCGGUGUUUAGUCGCCCCCGAUUUUCAGGGAACAGAUGCGUGGUGUAGCAAACCCUUUUCGAAAGGAAUAAGUGCGUGAAGCCCCGGAGCUGUUCCGGAGCUCCUCCUAGGUUUGAAAGGAAUACAACUAUUGAGAAACCGUCCCUCAGACCAAAUUUCAUUGGUUGAAAACAGUCAGAAAGUCAGAAAACUAGUUUCAAUCAAUGAAAUUCACUCUGACUGGUCUGUGAUUUCUGUACGAACAGACCUAUUUUUCAUCAUAAAUGUACAGUCGUGAGCAUUAACAGCAACAGGUAAUUUUUCGCGAGGAUAACCAUCAAAUUCUAGGAUACUCGAGGAUCAAGAACACUUAUUUCUUCUGCUCACUAAAUUGCUCACUAAUUAACAAUAAUUCACAAAACACUAUUUAAAUAAUUGUAAAAUACUAGGAAAUACAACAUUAAACUUUAUGGCGUUGCCGAUUAGUAGAUCUAGUGCGGAACUAGUGCAAUUUUUUCUAUCUCUGUCUUUUUCUUUUACAGGUCGAUUAAAAGGAUGCAAAUACACUAGGAGUGCACUAAAUAUACCAAUCGGAAACGCCAUUUUAUUGACUCAUAUGACAACCUGACAAUAAUAAAUGUCAUUAGUUGUAAUUCAUAUUUUUGCAGUCCUUCCAGAGAUAAAUACUAUAUAAACUGUAGAGAAUGGAAUCUCAAUGUAAAUUUUGUUGUCAACAAAAUUGAGCCGUCAUCUACUUUCCAUAGGGGUUCAAGGGAUUUUUAUGAUAGAUGGCGCCCUGUUCGCAUUACAGUAGGUCUGUUCAAAUUUGUUUAUUCUAGACUUUGGAACAUUAAUAUUCACUUAAAUUAAUUGAUGUUUUGUUAAUUAGAUCAAAAGACAGUUCCUUUAUCGAUGGUUAAAGAUAUCCUUAACAUAUUUAUUCAAAAGUUCUGAUUGAUGUUUAAUUGAACCUGUCAUUUAUCUAAUCAACAAAGAUCAAAAUAGAUCUUCCAAUCUAUAAAGAUUGGAGGUCUUCGUGAAACACACAAAACCACUUUGAAAUCACUUAGAAACACUUGACAACACAAAGAAAGACGAAAUGCAAGACCGGCGAUUCCGGCG